AUGGUGGCCGCAGCGGCGCCCGUGCGGCCCGCGGAUGUGCUGGCCGCGCCGUCCUCCGCCGCCACCGCGGCGGCGUUCCACUACCCGCCGCCGCGCUUCGAUGCCCUAGUGGUGGAAGGCAGCGGCGCCUUCCCAGCAGCGAGUGUCCCGGCGCUGACUCGGAUGCCGAUGGUGUUUCCCCGCGACAGCAAUGCGGCCGUCCCCGCCCCGGCGCGCGUGGGCGUGCACCACUCCCUCGCCGAGCUGUCGCGGCGGGGCGUGGAGGCCGUCACCGGCGAGCUGCGGUGCAAGCGCUGCGGCGAGGUCCGCCUCGUGACGCUCGACGCCAGGGCCAGGUUCGCGGACCUGCACGCCUACAUCGCGUGCAACGUCCAGGACAUGGACGACCGCGCGCCGCGGAGGUGGAAGGAGCCGGCGCUGCCGGACUGCGAGCGGUGCGGGCAGAGGGGCAGCAUGCGCCCGGUGAUCCCGGCGGACAAGCCCCGGAUCAACUGGGUGUUCCUGCUGCUCAGCGAGAUGCUGGGGGUGUGCACCCUGGAGCAGCUCAAGCACUUCUGCGAGCACACCCACAAGCACCGCACCGGCGCCAAGGACAGGGUGCUCUACUCGACCUACAUGGAGCUCUGCAACCAGCUGCUGCCUAAUGGGCUCUUCGACAUGGAAUCGGAGAGGAGGAAGAGGAUCCGUCUAAAUAUUGCUUAAGUUUCGUAUCAUGUAAUGUUCC